CGGCCCUUCCUGCUGCUGCUGCCGCGUUAUUGAGGCGCCUUGCUACGCGGUGCCUUCAAAAGAAGCAGGUGAAUGUGCAUGCAAUUUCCUUCAAGAUGGAAUCAAACAAGGUGUUCCUGCUGUUGGUGGUUUGUGGAAUGGCAUUGCUGGUUGUAUUUCUGGACAUCCACCUGUUUACUGCUGAAAGCUUGACAAGACCAUCAGCGUUGACCCCUAGGAUCAAGGAGCAGCGAAUAACACAGGAGGAGAGGUUCGCAACUCUCUUCCGAGUCUGCAGACAACUCAAGAAAAGUCACAACAAGUCAACACUGUUGCCACCGGUCAACUUGCGACUGGACGUACUGACCCGCCUCUACGUGAGCGACCGCUACUCGCUCGUGUAUUGCGAAGUGCCCAAAGCUGGGUGCACCAACUGGAAGAGGGUGCUCCUCACGAUGGCAGGAAAUGCCAACCUGUCCAGGGUCUUGUCCCAAAACGACGUGCACGUGAUCAAAAACUACACCAAGCUGAGCCAGUUUGACGCUGCCGGUCAACGCUCCCGGCUGGAUGGCUACACGGUGAUGAUGUUUGUGAGGGAGCCCAUGGAGCGCAUCGUGUCGGCCUACCGAGACAAGUUUUUGCAUGAAAACGAAUAUUACCAGUUAUACGGACGAACCAUAAUGAAGCACUAUCGCAAAAACUCGACCAAUGUGCCGCUAGCUAAAGGCGACUACGUCACCUUCCCCGAGUUGGUGCGCUUCAUCCUCGAUCCUAAACGGCCUCUGUGGCAGGACGUGCACUGGCUGCCCGCUCACCACCUGUGCCAGCCCUGCCUGCUGCGCUACGACUUCCUCGGCAAAGUAGAGACCGUGAGGCACGACGCGGCGGCCUUGCUGGCAAGGGUCAGGGCGCCGGGGUCGCUGGCAUACACCCAGACACCGAGCGGACGCUCUACAGCGACCGUGACGGACCAAUACCUGGCACAGCUCAGCCCAGAGAUGAGGCAGAAGAUCUACGAAUUCUACUUCGAGGACUACAUGCUCUUCGGAUACCCGCUGCCCUCGGAAGCAAACCUGAAGCCAAUAUAA